CAUUUUCAACUGUCCUCCGCCUCCAACUUCCGAGCUUCACUGAGCUCACUCUGACUCGUCAAUGGCGAUUAAGUUGGAAGCUCUGACGGGGGCAGCUCAUUCCCUGACACCUCCUCUUACUCCAUCAUACUCGCGUUCUUCUUCACUCGCGAAGAAGAAACCCCUCGCGACCUCGUUCCUCAAUGGAGGAGUUGGAGCUUUGAGGCUUGCUCAAGUAAGCCGUCCUAAGUGUGGCGGCGCCCUUGGUGCUCGCAUGAAUCUUUUCGAUCGAUUCGCUAGAGUUGUAAAGUCUUAUGCCAAUGCACUUGUCAGUUCUCUGGAAGACCCCGAGAAAAUUUUGGAGCAGACAGUACUGGAAAUGAAUGAUGACGUGAUAAAGAUGAGGCAGGCUACAGCUCAGGUGAUAGCGUCUCAAAAACGGUUGGAAAACAAAUAUAAGGCUGCGCAACAGGCUUCUGAGGAAUGGUAUCGAAAGGCCCAGUUGACACUUGAAAAAGGAGAUGAAGAUCUAGCACGUGAGGCUCUAAAAAGACGUAAAUCCUACGCUGAUAAUGCUAAUGCUUUGAAAGCUCAGUAUGAUCAGCAAAAAAGUGUUGUUGAUAAUCUGGUCUCUAAUACACGGCUAUUGGAGAGCAAAAUACAAGAGGCCAAGUCGAAAAAGGACACUUUAAAGGCCCGUGCCCAGUCUGCGAAGACUGCAAGCAAAGUAAAUGAGAUGGUAGGAAAUGUGAACACAAGUAAUGCCCUCUCAGCUUUCGAAAAGAUGGAAGAGAAAGUUUUGGCCAUGGAAUCACAAGCAGAGGCUCUUGGCGAGCUGACUACUGAUGACCUUGAAGGGAAGUUUGCAGUGCUGGAGAGUUCAUCAGUCGAUAGCGAUCUAGAGGACUUGAAGAAGGAACUCUCUGGUGGUACAAAGAAAGGUGAACUUCCACCUGGAAGAACACUUCGCUUUGAAGAUGCGGAGGUAGAGAAGGAGCUCAAUGAAUUGAGACAGAAGGCCAAGGAAUUGUGAGUUCCUUGUCUACCAUUUCCCACUGUCGAAUGGAUUAGUUGGUUAUUUUCGGUUCGGGUUUUUCUUCUGCACUAUAACUUGUACAGCAGUUUUGAGCAUAUAACAUCGAUGUGUACAAAAUCAUUCAAGGCAGGGAAAGCCUAAACAUGAAAGAGAGGAAUUGCUUGCGGUUGGCCAUGUAUGUAAACCAAGUGGUGUACAUUCAUGUAAAGUACAAAGGUCAAUUUACUUACGCGUCCCCAUUAUUUGGUGAAAUUAUUUUUUGGCCCUUGAUUGAGAAGAAUCCAUGCAUGAUGUAUGUAAUGUGACAGUGAACGGUUUCAUCAAAUGUAAAGAAUCGGUGAACACUA